AUGGACAACCAACGGCAGGAAUCCUUCAAGCGGCUACGUACACCCUGUGUCGAACUCAGCUCUACGGGCCUUCGAUUUCGCGGAAACCAAGUCUCAGCUGCGGACGUUAUUCGAGCUCUGGAUCCAGUCCAUAAUGCUUUAAGCGACCUCGCCGGGAAGGAUGCUCUCGACGAGAAACUUGCGGAAUAUGCGUUCUUCCCCUUAUCGCACAUUUUCAACGAGACUCAACGGCUCCCUGCACGAUGCUUAGAGUCAGCCGUCCAAUGUUUGCGGAUCUUGGUCGCAGACGGCUGGCGCCAGCGACUAUCUCCCGUUAUGGGCAAGCAAUUGAUCAUAUUGUUAACUCUUAUUGUGGGCGGAUCGCCGAACAAAACUGAAGAUAAAAAUGCCCCGAAGUCGAAAACAUCAGAGGAAUUGUCCAUUGCUGGAUUCAAUUGCCUCGAAGUCAUUUUCAACGUGCUAGAGGGACCUGUGGCUGAACAGACGAUCUUCCACGAGAUCGGCACUGCAACUGUUGUUGACCAAACCGUGUAUGUUUUGCUCGAGGGGCUUGUGGACGAGAGAUCAGACGAUGUCUGUCUAGCAGCCGCCAAGGCUCUGCAGGCCCUCUAUGCUCGAGUUACAGAUCGCGUGGUGCUAGCGAGUAUCAUGCCGCGUACCGUGUCAGAAUUGACCAAGGUCCUGAAACCAACUACUCAAGCUCGGAGAUCAUAUAAACUGCUUCAAACCUCUUUGCAAAUCUUUACCCAGCUUCUGAGGGCUGUCUUGAGUGACCGUGUUGCCUCCACAACAGAAAAGCCAGUUGCAGCCCAGCCAGGAAACGACAAGCUAGUUCUUGAUGCUUCUUGGCUGAAAGCUACAACGACACAGAUCAAGUUAGCAUUGGCUAAUGUGAUUCAGGUCCGACGUCAUCAACGGUCUGAAGUGCAGUCUGCGUUACUAGACCUCUGCUUGCUGGUCAUUGAAGAGUCCCAGACCACUCUGAGAGAUGCCGUGUCCAUGAUGGUGGACACGAUCGUGGUUUUGGCUGAUGAGGAGGGCGAAGCACCCAAUCAGCCAUACACGACAAUAAUCCAUCUUGCUACCAGCUAUCCUAUUGUAUUAGACUCGAUCAAGGAAUCCUUGCACUCAUGGCUUACGUCGUUCCCGCGGAUAAUGCAAAGCAAUGAUGAAACAGCCAAGCAAUGGGGAAUCCGUCAGAUCUCAACUUCCUUCCAGGUCCUGUCUCAAGUUCAAUCUGGCUCAGAUUUUCUAACCAGCAGUCUGGCGUCUGGACUUUGUGAGAGCGUUGGUGCUGUUGUAAAGCAUGGUACCGAUACUCUCCAGCCAGUUGCCUCCACUGCAGAGACCGUCAACUGGGAUGUACUUGAUUCGGAUGCCGGGUCGAGGACGUUCCCACCAGUGCUUCUGGAACACCGAAGCCAGCAGCAAACACUGAAAGAUCUCCGGGCUAUGAUUACACGGCUCAAUUUGUCCGAGUCCGGAAAUGAGAUCACUCGAUUAAUAGUCAACCGCAUGCACGCCGCAUCGGAUGAAACUGCCAUUGCGCCUUUCUGGUUGGCAUUGUCCUCUCUAAGAGAUCAGUCGCAACACACGGCCGGUUUUGACGAGUUCAUCUCCGUUGACCAUGUCGAGCAAUUGCUUUCACCAUCCGCUGGUGCGGGUAUGAUUGAGGAACUAUACUACGUUUCGCUGAGUAUCUUGAACGAGCUUCCGGCAGAUGCCUCAGGUGAUUGGCGGGCUUCUGCCCUAGCAUUGGAGGCCGUGGCUCUUCAAGCGCAGCAACUCGGCGAAGCCUUCCGGCCCGAGCUCAUGGACGCUCUUUACCCUACACUGCAACUGCUUGCGUCCAAUAAUCCAAGUCUUCAGCGGCAUGCCAUGAUAUGUCUCAACAUUCUGACCAACUCCUGCAAUUAUCCAGACACGAGCUCCAUGAUCAUUGAAAAUGUGGAUUACUUGGUGAACUCAGUGUCCCUGAAGCUCAACACGUUCGACGUAUCGCCAUAUCCACCACAGGUGUUAUUCAUGAUGGUCAAACUUUGUGGCGCGCGACUGAUUCCGUAUCUGGAUGAUCUGGUGGACUCGAUAUUCGGAAUACUGGACCUGUACCACGGCUAUCCGAAGCUUGUGGAAAUGAUGUUCAAAACGCUGGCGUCGAUUGUGGAAGAGGGCGCCAAGAAGCCAUCACUGUUGACGAUUGACAACGGCAAAGAAGGCGGACCGUCAGAUCACCGCAAGAACCAAUACCAACACCUCUCAAUCUCGACUGUGGCCAAGGACAUUGCAGAUCGGAAGACCCGUCUCGCCAAGCACGAUUCAGAGGAGCUCGCAGACGCAGACAGCAAAAUUGCUCAUCCCCAGAAACCAUGGUCAGAGACAUACGGGAAACCAGCUCCCGAACCCGAGUCUAUCUCAGAGCUGCUGGACAAAGCCGAAUCCGACGAACCCCUCCCGCCACCCAAGGAGCCCGAGGAUAGCGAAAAGCCGCUGAGCAAGACGCACUCACUUCUUCUGCACAUAGUCAAAUCUAUCCCCUCGCAUCUGUCCUCCCCAUCGCCAUACCUCCGGCGAUCCCUGCUCUCCAUUCUCAUCGAGGUGCUCCCCGCGCUCUCGCAAAACGAAAACAGCUUCCUGCCCCUGAUAAACGAUCUUUGGUCCGCAGUCGCCAGUCGGAUCAUCUUCCCAACAUCUCUUACCAGCGCCUCAUCUUCCAAGUCUCUCAUCUCCCGGCAUUUUCCGUCGGCUGAAUCAAUUGGUGCAUCCGAUACCCACGACUUCCAGGAAGAAACCUUCGUCACCACAACAGCCUGUCAGGCCAUCGAAACCAUGUGCCGUGGUGCAGGCGACUUCCUAGCAUCGCGCAUCGAAACCGAGUUCCCGCGCUGGGACCUGCUCUACCGCCGCGUCUGGGAUAAAGUACGACAAGAUGCCGAAGCGGCAAAUGAGCGCCGCGCUCGACAGCAGGGCCAUGCCGCCACACCAUCGUCUUCCUUCCUUCACAAGUCUACAGAAUCAUAUCCAGGCCUGGAUCUCGUCCUCUCAUCCUCCCUCUCUUUAUCCCCCACGGUAUUCUCCUCCGGCUCCCGAGCCUUCACGCCGCACCAUAAUCUGUGGCGCGCUCUCGUAGCCCUCUUCAUCACGGUUCUCGCACAUGUGCGCCUGCCGUUGGCGGUGGGCGAUCGUAUCUGCGAGCUGCUCGCGGCGUGGAUCGCGCUGUUUACCGGGCCGGAGUAUUACUUUCAGUCCUGGCGAUGGGGCUCUUCCGAUUCAGCGCCAGGUUUGGAUGAGGCGCAGCGCAAUGUGCUGGGGUCUGUGGAGGAUGCGAUUCGAGCUAUGGAGAGUUGGAAUGCUGAUUUGACGUGGUUUAUUUUCAUGCGGCAAAGACAUAUGUCAAGGGCUCGUGUGGGUUCGAAGACUACGUCCGGGAUUAUGGAGGGAAGUGACUCGAGUAUAUCUGUGGCAAUUGCUGGCGUGGAAAUGAGGUUUGCGGCGGUGGUAUUCUAG